CACAGUGCGAAACGUACACCAUGAUCCUGAGGGUGGUCAUAGCGUUAGCCUUUUGUGCGCCGCACACGCACACGGCAAGGAUUCUUAUUGUCGUGCCCACACCGUCAUACUGCCAUCAGCUGAUCUUCCGCCCAAUAAUCGAAGAGCUAAUCAAGAACCAUCAAGUAACAUUUAUAACCACGAACCCAGCGUAUCCGAAGGGAGAUACCCCACGGAACCUCACGGAAAUCGACACGGGUCCCAUCUCUUACUCGAUGUGGAGCCCGGAAUUUUCAAUAGCUAAAUUCGGGAAAGACAAAUUUAUUUACGACGGCGUAAAUGUUACUUUUGAGGUUAUGCCGAAGAUAUUUGCAGAGCAACUUCGUUUGGCGGAUGUUGAGAAAUUGAUCCGUAAUACCCAAUUCGAUCUGCUAAUUUUAGAAGCUUGGUUCCGACCGAUAUUGAUCUGGUCGUACCUGUACAAAGUUCCAGUGCUGCUGGUCAGUUCCAUGGGCACUGCUCCUGGUAACCCUGAAACCAUGGGCCUGCCCAACCAUUGGACUUAUCACCCUUCGUUAUUUCAUCAGAAGAUCUACGACCUAACGACCUCGGAAAGGAUUAGCGAAAUACUUAGAUAUCUACACGUGCAAUCGGUUUUUGAUGCGAACGAGGCCAGAGAGGAUGAGAUUUUAAAAGGUAUUUUCAAUGAUGCACCUCCUCUCAGGAGUUUAAGGAGGAACGUGGACGCCAUGCUCUUGAAUUUGAACCCGUUGUGGGACAAUAACCGUCCUUUGCCGCAGAACGUUCAUUACAUCGGGAAUAUCAAUCGUAAUCCUGCGAAGGAAUUGCCAAGGGUGAGUUUUGUGAUUUCACGUAAGGUUUUGUGUUAUUCGUAAAGACUGACAGGCAUACGACCCGGAUGGAAGUCAGUGAAGAUCGUGCCCAUCGCUGAGGGAUCUCUCACAGGCGGUAUUUCAGCGGCGCAGUUAUGCUGGGAAAGUACAGCUUGAAUUAGAGAAUACUAAACUCUUCACUCACCUGCUGUUCUUUUAGUCCUCGU